GCCAUGUGGAAAUAUCGGGGUUGUUAGAAGUGUGGCAUUGGCACAGGUACGCCACGCUCCUUCCUUUCCUUCCUCUCUGGAAUAUUCUGGGAAAGCUCUGAAAAAAAAAUCAUUUUCUCUGUCGCUUUUGCCUCUACCUGCAGCCUACCCUUUUGUUCUCCUCUUCUCUUCGUUGUCAGUCCUUUCUUCCUUCAACCCAAAAAAACAAAAGAAAGAAACGUAAAAGCGAAGAUGGCGUCGUUUGAGCAAGCACCGCCUGGUGACGCAAAGGCCGGAGGGAAGAUUUUCAAGACCAAGUGUGCCCAGUGCCACACCGUCGACAAAGGUGCUGGUCAUAAGCAAGGACCAAAUCUUAACGGUCUGUUUGGAAGACAAUCGGGUACAACUCCAGGGUACUCAUACUCCGCUGCUAACAAGAACAUGGCUGUGAUUUGGGAGGAGAAAACUUUGUAUGAUUACCUUCUUAACCCUAAGAAGUACAUCCCUGGAACAAAAAUGGUUUUCCCUGGAUUGAAGAAGCCACAAGAACGUGCUGACCUCAUUGCUUAUUUGAAGGAAUCUACGGCAUCCUAAUGGGCUUCAAAAACACUUUGGCUUUACCUAUUCCAUUUUGCAGUCAUUAGAGAUUGUUCCUCACAACGAGGAUAUAAUAAAUUAGAGACCUUAUAGGUCAGCAAUGCUCUUUGUAAAAUGAGCAUUCCUGGUAAUUGUUUAUUUGAGAAGAGGUUGCCAUUGCUGGCAAAUGUAAGGCUUAUUCAAUUAGAUUGUCACUUUACUUCAUUAAUUUCUGUUGAAUUACCAGCAUGCAAACGACAAUUUUUAGAGAUUGUUAACCACAUUCCACUGCUCAUAAUUUUGUGUUUUAUUGUGUGGAGUGUUCAAAUUUAGUGAUGCUUUUCACCAGGCUCAAACCUUC